AUGCUCCCGGCUAUCCUAUCAUCUGCGACAGGUGCUUUGACGGGGCUCUUAAUCACCAAGACGCGCCGCCUACAUUGGCCACUUGUGGGCGCCGCAGCACUGUAUCUGUGUACUAUCAUAUGUCUCAUCUGCAUUCAGCGCGGCUUGUCCGCUGCUAUGUAUUUACUCGCCUUAGUUCCAUACUCUGUUGCGAAUGGACUACAGUACACUACUACCGCUGUGGCGGUCCUUGCCACAUCUACGCGAGACGAGCAGGCCAUAGUCAUGAGCACUCUUACCAUCUGGCGCAGCCUAGGCACAGUCUUAGGCGUCGCACUCAGCAGCGUCCUUGUUCAGAAUGCACUCAUACGAUGCCUCCAUGUCUUUGUCCAUGGGCUGCACAAAGAUGAGGUCAUUGCCCUGGCGCGGGCCUCAAUCCAGGCCAUUGCAAAGCUGGACCAACCAUAUAGGGAACAGGUAGUGCAAAGCUACGAGGCUGCAUUACGGCUAGGAUUCGGAUCAUGUCUCAUUAUCGGAGUUAUUUCUGCGCUCCUAAUUGUGCCCAUUAAAUUACCACGGUUGCCGUCGUCUGCGAAGCGCUAG